AUGCGUUUCUCAAUCGCCAUCGCAGCCUUCUCACUAUCACUGGCCACCGCUCUACCAACAAAGCGCGAACUUGUGGCCCCGUUUAACGAUGACGCUGGCAACGGCCUCAUACCUGGCAUCGGUAAGGCGGUAGACGGAGGUUUCAAUGCCGUCGGGGGCGCCGUCGCAGGAGCAGUCAGAGCAGGAGACAACAGCAAGCUCAGAGCAGGCGACGACAGCAAGCGUGCUCUGGUCGCCCCCUUCAAUGACGAAUCCGCAAACGGACUCAUUCCCGGUGUCGGCCAAGCAGUGGACGGUGGUUUCAAUGCCGUCGGCAGCACCGUAGCAGGAGCCGUGAGGGCAGGCGACAACAGCAAGCGUGCACUUGUUGCCCCCUUCAACGACGACGCGGGCAAUGGCCUUAUUCCUGGCAUUGGCACAGCAGUAGACGGUGGCUUCAACGCUGUGGGAGGUGCAGUCGCUGCAGCAGUCAGAGCUGGCGAUGCCUCGGACGCAGAGUAA